AUGGAUAACUACUGUUUGGGUGCAGUGGGCGCGCGCAUCUGGUCUGUGGGGCGCGCUGUGCGCGUGGCGCUGGGCGCGCGGCUGCGGCUGCGCUGCGCGGCGGCCGGUGCGCCGCCCCCCGCGCGCCGCUGGGCGCCGCUGCCGCCGCCCCACGAGCACGCGCUCAGUGACACCGGCGACCUGCUGCUGCACAUAUAUGUAUGCGAAGAGGUGGAAGCAGACGGCAACUACACGUGCACGGUUCGCAAUUCGGUGGGCUCUGACCGCGUGCAGUACUCUGUGCGCGUGCUCCGCGCGCCCGCAGCGCCUGUGCCGCGGCUGCUGCGUGCCACGUCGCACUCGCUGCACCUUGCCUGGGACCCGCCGCCGGAUAACGGCUCGCCAGUAUUAGGGUACAGCGUGUGGUGGCGGCGCGCGUGGGCGGGCGGCGGGCGCGCACGCAGCGCUCAGAGCGCGAGCGCGGAGCUGGCGCUGCGCGGGCUGGCAUGCGGUGCGCGCUACGCCGUCUGGUUGCACGCGCACAACGCGCUCGGCGCCUCCCCGCCUUCGCAGCUGCUCACGCUGCAUACAAUCGGUGACAAGACGAAGGCUCCACCGGGCAAGGAGCUGAUCUGGGCCAACAGCACUGCGCUGCGUCUCAACCUACUGACGUGGGGCGGACGCUGUCCCGUUGCGCGCUGGACCGUGACCGUCGCCGACACGGACUUGCCUGUUGACGGAGACUCUCUGACGGUAAAUAAUUUGGAACCAGGAACGUGGUAUGAAAUUCGGGUGACGGCAUAUUCACCUGCAGGUGAAACCGCGGCACUCUACAGAGCGGCUACUCUUACAGCCAAUGGAGAGCGCAUCGGAUCACCGACGGAGCUGCCACUAACUGCUAGCGCGGCGGGGGAGGGUACGCGCGGGGCCGUUGGGGGCGGCGGGGUGGGGUGGUGGCGUGGCGCGUGGCGCGGGGCGGCCGCCGCGGCGCUGGCUGCGGCCGCGCUCGCGCUGCUGGGUGCUGGCGCCGCGCUCACCGCCGCAAGGUUCCGCGCGCCGCCUGUCCCAACGGUCACCACCACCAAGAAGCUACCACCACCAGACGGAGAGCUGAUGGGCGAGGAGAUAAGCCCGUACGCGACGUUCAGCAUGUCUGAGUGUGCGACGGGCGCUAGUGCGGGCGUGGGCGCGGGUGGCGGCGCGGGCGGCGGCGCGGGCGGCGAGCGCAGCUGCGCGCUGCACCUGCAGGCGCUGGCGCGCGCCGACUCACUGGAGCUGGCGCCGCCGCCUCGUCCGCACCUCGCGUCGCACGCCAGCGAAUACGGCAGCGGGUCGGAGUCGAGUGGCUCGCCGUGCGCCGCGUGCGCCGCAGAGCUGUACCGCGUACCCGCCGCGAGACUUGCAGACACGUUGCCGGCGGGCGAGUGGGACGUGGAGGAGCGACGGGGCGUGCGGAGGGGCCUACGGGGUGCGCGGGGGAGUGGACGGCGCGGGGGGGCGUGGGGGGGAGCAAGGGGAGUGGGGCGGACGGGGCGGGAGGAGCGCUGCGGCACCGGCACGCACCGCGACACGAGACACGCGCACGUACCCAUUGCCAGAUAUUUCUCUGCUGCCACACUGCAAGCACGUCGUGACGAGCUUUGA